AGCUCUGAAUAGUAUGGACCACAAUGCAAAUGCUGAUGAGGUCAAUACGCAGGUGACCUCCGGCCACACCUGUGAGGGACAUUCCUUUCUCGGGCAGGUGACACAGCGCAAGGACAAAGGUUAUUUUCCCUUGGGGAGGACCUGAGAGGUACUGAAGUCGAAGAGAGCAAGAGGCCCUUUACCGGAGAAGGCUGGACAGACGGUGCUUGGACAGACCGGAGGACACUUGUGACACAGCAGGAGAGGAGACGGAGGGGGUGAACAUGGCGUCGUUCGAGCCGCAGGGACAGUCGCCGCCGCGCUGCAGUCCUCAGUUCCCCAACCUGGCGCAGGAGCCCCCCGAACUGAGCCUGUACACGGACAGCUUCUACCCCCCUCCCUCGCUGCCCAGCCCCCAGAGAGCCACGCCCUCCUCCUACGACCUGGGAGACUACGCCGCCCCCUCUCCCAAUCCCUACCUCUGGUUCAACGGCUCGGGCAUCAACAGCUCCCCCUACCUGGGAGGAGGACCCGGUGCGGCCGGGCCUCCGUUCGUGCCGCAGCACUACGGGGUGCAGCGGCCGUACCUGGGGGGCGGCGGGGCGGGCGGCGCGGCGGGGGACCUGGGCUGGUUCUCCCUCCCCUCCCAGGAGGACCUGAUGAAGCUGGUGCGACCGCCGUACUCGUACUCCGCCCUCAUCGCCAUGGCGAUCCACGGCGCGCCUGAGCGGCGCCUCACGCUCAGCCAGAUCUACCAGUACGUCGCCGACAACUUCCCCUUCUACAACAAGAGCAAGGCCGGCUGGCAGAACUCCAUCCGCCACAACCUCUCGCUCAACGACUGCUUCAAGAAGGUGCCCCGCGAUGAAGAUGACCCAGGCAAAGGAAACUACUGGACGCUCGAUCCCAACUGCGAAAAGAUGUUUGACAACGGAAACUUCCGCCGCAAGAGGAAGAGGAAGUCCGACGCGCUGGCCGGCGAGGGGGGGUCUUCGGGGCUCGGCUCUGAUUCGGGGGACGGGAACGGUGCAGGGAGCCCCAAAAACACCGCCGCUGCGCUCGACGUCUCCAGCACGCCUGAGAGAGGCCCCUCCCCCACCGCAGCAGGCCCCUCCCCCUGCCUGAGCAGCUUCCUGUCGGAGAUGUCGAGUGUGGCGGUGGGCCCCCCCGGCAUCAGCGGAGACCCCCUCAGCCGCUCGCUGCCCCUGGGCCUGCCGGGGGAGGGGCCUCAGCGCGCUCCGCAGGGCUUUGGGGCGUACUCCCCCUCCUCCACAGUGUCGGAGUGGGGCCCCCCUCCCCUCCCCCCGCCCCCGGCCCUGUCCUCCUCCCCGCCCCACUCGUCUCUGGGCUACAGCGGCUCGGUGCUGGGCCAGUACAGCGGCCACUUCUACCCCAGCCUGAGCUCCACCGCUCUGCUGUACCCGCGAGAGGGCACCGAGGUGUAGACGCACAGACGGACAGAGGCACAGACGGACAGAGGGACAGAGGGACAGACCUGCCGCUUCAUCAGCCUGCGUGUCUGGAGACUUCAGUCUACCACAGCAGACAGAGGGACAGAGCCACUGCACACACACACACACACACUCACACACACACUCUUUCCAGCGGGUGUGUACAGGAUGGGUCGGCUCCCACAGGAAGGCCUGAGUCAGCGAGUGAGGAGCUGCUCUCCCAUGUCCCUGUGCCCCCCCCCCCCCCUCCCACACCCUGAUCUCCUAUCAGCUGGGCUGGGCUGAGCACAGUCUGUAUUACUGUCAUAGACAGUAAAAAUAAAAUCAGUAGAACACAUCUACACUACUCAACUCUCGCUGCACUAAGUGCUUGCUCAGGAAGGACAAGCAUACUGGUAUUUGUAUUAAAAAUGUGUAUUUUAUUUGUCUGUGUAUUUAUCUAUUGUGGCUGUAUUAUAUAUUGAUUUAAUGUUGGAAAUAUAUAUGUUUACUUUUCCUGGAAUGAGUUUUGGGAUGUCGCUGUGUCUCAUGGGACUCGUGGGAUGUGCACUGUAACCACGGGCCUUACGUGGGAAUGACAGUGUUCGUUUUUUAAAAAUAAA